UUUUACCAAACGUCAAAAGUGAUUUACGUGUGUGUUCAUCUUCAUCAUUUUCAUUUUGGAUUAUUUUUGUAAUUACUACAAAUUUCGGUAGAUAUGAUGAACGAAAAUAAUGAUUUUGAGCCCCUAGAGCCAUCGCUAAGAAAUGUGAUCGAACAAAAGUCACUGCGAUGGAUAUUCGUUGGAGGAAAAGGAGGAGUAGGCAAAACGACGUGCAGUUGCAGUCUUGCUAUCCAACUUUCUAAAGUAAGGGAAUCAGUGCUUAUAAUUUCUACUGAUCCAGCUCACAAUAUUUCUGAUGCAUUCGACCAGAAAUUUUCUAAAGUGCCCACAAAAGUGAAAGGUUUUGACAAUCUAUUUGCCAUGGAAAUUGAUCCUAAUGUAGGCCUCACAGAGUUGCCUGAAGAAUACUUUGAGGGAGAGUCUGAAGCUAUGAGGCUUGGCAAAGGUGUUAUGCAGGAGAUUGUUGGUGCAUUCCCUGGCAUAGAUGAAGCUAUGAGCUAUGCUGAGGUGAUGAAACUAGUGAAAGGAAUGAACUUCAGUGCUGUGGUGUUCGACACUGCUCCCACUGGGCAUACUUUGCGUUUGCUGUCAUUCCCACAGGUUGUUGAAAAGGGACUUGAAAAGUUGAUGCGCUUAAAAUCUAAGGUAGCGCCAUUCAUCAACCAAGUUGCAACACUCUUUGGAAUCUCAGAAUUAAACUCAGACAUGUUCAGCAACAAAAUAGAUGAAAUGCUCUCAGUUAUAAAGCAAGUAAACACACAGUUCAAAGACCCAAAUCAGACAACUUUCGUAUGCGUCUGCAUAGCAGAGUUCCUGUCACUGUACGAAACAGAAAGACUGGUCCAAGAACUUACAAGAUGUGGAAUAGACACCCACAAUAUAAUUGUCAACCAGUUACUCCUACAUGCAUCUGCACCUUGUGAGCUGUGUGCGGCCAGGCAUAAAGUGCAAGAGAAAUAUCUGGAACAAAUUGUAGAUUUGUAUGAAGACUUCCAUGUAACCAAGUUGCCUUUAUUAGAUAAGGAAGUCCGUGGCGCGGCUGCAGUUAACGCGUUUUCGGAGUAUUUACUCAAUCCAUAUGUACAACCUACAUCAAACACAUAAUGUGAUUCAGAAUUAUUGUUUACUAUUCAAUACCAAUAAACAUUAGGUUGAGGGCUAAAACUGUAUUACAAUAGAAAAUGAAAAGGGAAUGAAUUUUUUUUGGGGUGCACCAAGAUGAUAUCUUUAAAUCGUUUAUCUAAAAAUCAUUCACAUAAUAUUACUAUUAGAAAUGCAGAAGUGUGUCUGUCUGGCUACUAUAUUUUUAAGGCCUAUCUGUAACCAAUUUUGAUGUUUUGUACAGAGAUAGCUCGCAUCACUUGGGUGAAUAGACUAUUUUGGUAUCCCAGAAAAUCCAAGAGUUAAAAAAGGUUUUUAUAAAACAGCCAGCAGAAAAAGUUACAUCUCAUCACAGAACAGAAAAAGUCCACGAAAGCUUAUCAAGCGCGAGCCAAACGCUCAAGGCCUACACGUUUGAAGCUCUGUCUAUAUUGCGCGAACUUCGUUCGUUACAUACUCCGUUCAUAAUCGGUUCACCAAGUACCCAUAGUCUCGGCUGCUAUUCAAUUUCUGUCGCACGUAGUGUAUUUCAUGCUUUAAAGAUGAAAUAAAACACUUAAAUAAUGGUGAUUCAGCAUCCAAAGGGAAAGCAAUAAUGAACCUCCAAACGCUCUUAUGAACUAAGAAUGUAUGCAGUAGGAAUGCUACGGUAUUUGAAGUUUUUUUAAGUUAGAAGAAUUGUUAGUUUUUUUUUGCAAGAUAUGAAAUCUACAGUGAUUUCCGUCAAAUAUCAUAGGAAUUAGAUAGUGAGUAUAGAAAAUUAGCUAGGUAAUAUAUGCAUUUAAAUGUUAUCAAAAUGUGUAUAGUACCCCUGAUUUAUUAUUAUAUAAAUUUUUAUCUUUCAUAUACAUACUUAAUAUAUAAAAUUAUUCCAAAUAAAUUCUUGUUAUGUAAAA